CGAAAGUCGAACAAGUUAAAUCCUUUUUUUUUUUGUGAUACGAAAAAAAAUGUUUAAAUUAUGAGAAAAAGAAUAUCCUUAUGGUAGCGCACGGCGGCAGCGGUUUUGUUGUUUGGUGAAUAAAAUGCCGAGUUGCGUCACUGUGAAACACAGUGAGCUGGUUAAAAUGGUUGAAUGUGAAUUGAAAUUAGAAUGUCAGUUAUGCAUUUUAUGUGGUCUGUUGUAUAGUGAAUAAGUUUUUCUUUUUUUCAAAAAUACCAAUUUUAUAAAAAAAAAAAAUUGAAGAGAAAAAAAUGUACCAAGGGAUUUUUGUUAAAGGAUUCAAACAAAGAUUCAAGGAUUUUUAAUGUGUGAUAUCUCUACUCCUGCGUUCCAACAGGAUUCAACUUAAAUAAACAACAUAGCUUGGUAUACAAAGUAAAAAAAAGAAAGAAAAAAAUCACCUACACCUUAGUUCGCUUGAGUGACGAGGACGAAAACAAGGACGACGCUAAACAAUUACUUAUCUAAUUAAAAGUUACCUUGGUUCACAAAUGGAUGAGAAAGUGAAAUUGAAAUGGACAAAAUUGCAAACACAACAACAACAACAAAAACAACAACAACGACUACAUCAUCGACACCUGAACAGCUGGCGCAUCAGGAUUUCAUCGGCGUGUAUCCGUUUAAUAUAUUUAUGUCGUCUAGUAUUGUUUCUAGACCGAGUUUCACUACUGUCAUCGCAAUUCCCAUGGAAACUACUCGGACUUCGUUGUCAACAGUGACGACUAUGAAAGAGAUGACAGGCACAGUGAUGGCAUCAACUGUUGGUGCAAUAGCACCAACAACUACAACAACAACAUCCACCGAAAGUCUGUUUAUGUCAUUAAACAUGACUACCAACCAAACUCUACGAAUCAAAGAGUAUCCAGCAUUGGCGAAUUUUCAUGGUGAAUAUGAUUUAGAGUACAUUGCAAGGAUUAACUCGUUUUGGUUGUCAUUUGAUCCUCCAAGCCCAAGAUCUCAUUAUAUUAUGGCUGUCAUUUAUAUAAUAAUCACAACGAUAGGAUGUUUUGGCAAUGCAUUGGUCGUUUACAUGUUUAUCAGAUGCAAAUCCCUGCGCACACAUGCCAACACUCUUGUGAUAAAUCUGGCAGUAAGUGACUUCUUCAUGUUGGCCAAAUGCCCCAUCGCCAUAUACAAUAGCUUUAAAUUGGGUCCUGCACUUGGUGACUUGGGCUGUCGACUCUAUGGUUUCUUUGGAGGACUCACUGGAACUGUAUCCAUUAUAACACUCACAGCAAUUGCCGUCGACCGUUACAAUGUAGUUGUGUAUCCCUUGGAUCCGUAUCGCUCCUCCACCAAGUUACGUUCACGUUUACUAGUUUGCUUCAUUUGGCUUUAUAGCUUCUUCUUUGCUGUGAUACCGUCACUAGAUAUAGGUCUAAGUACAUACGUACCCGAAGGAUAUCUCACUACCUGCAGUUUUGAUUACUUAACCAAGUCAAUACCAGCGCGAAUAUUUAUGUUUAUGUUCUUUGUCGGGGCCUGGUGCAUCCCAUUCAGCAUUAUUUCCUAUUGUUACUUUUAUAUUCUGCGAGUUGUCUCCAAUGCAUCGGGCAUUCAGUCAAGCAAGGACUGCAACAAAACUGAAAUUAAAUUAACUGGCAUUGUGAUUGGAGUGAUUGGUCUUUGGUUUGUUGCUUGGACGCCAUACUCGGUGGUAGCUUUGUUGGGAAUAAGUGGCAACGAAAAUUUAAUCACCCCUCUGGGUUCGAUGAUUCCGGCGAUUUUUUGCAAGACAUCAGCUUGUAUUGAUCCUUAUAUUUAUGCAAUUACUCAUCCAAGGUUUCGCAUGGAAUUUCGAAGGAUGUUCUUUGGCGAAAGAUAUAUUCGAAGAUGCUCAACGUAUCGGUCAUCGUUUCCGACAAGAUGUUCGACUAGUCGCAGACGUCGCAUGAUAAGGGAUGUAGAAUUAAAUAUUAAUAAUAGCAAUAGUUUGAAGAAGAUCAGUGAGAAUUCUGCAGAGGAUGAUUUCGAACAGAACUGCUCGUUAAAUGUAUAAGUGAAAUUAUUUAUUCACGAAUUUAAAAUUAAAAAACAAUUCUUAUAUAAAUUUAAGAUAAAAUAUAAGAAUUUUAAAGUUCUUUUCUUGGAGUAGAAUAUAUAAAACUCCAAGAAAUUAAAAAUCUCUCCUUCUGAAACUAAAUAAAUAUUUUACAUUUCAUAUAAGAAAAGAGUAUAGGUAUUUUUAAAUGAAAAAGUAUUAUGAUUAAAGUAAGAAGAUGACAUCAUACUCGCUAUAUUAAAAAAAAGUACCUGCAUUUUGAAAUACAUAAUGAAUGCAAUUAUUUACAUAUGUGAAUUUGAAAAAAAAGUGGAUGGAACACUCAUUAUUUUAUUUUAAGCAGUUCAUAAUUUUAAUGCAUAUUUAUUAUGUUUUCUCAUAGUAUGCACAGUUGCACAUGUUUGUACAAUUGUUUGAAUUUUGUAGUGAGAUAAAAAGAAUGGGUAUUUUUUUUACAUGUAACUAAGAAGUCGCAAACCUUAUUUAAUCUUUUUGAUUUUGUCUCGGGAAAUUAAAAACGCUUUUAAAUUAACAACAUAAGCACACCUAUUUUUAAUUUUUAUUGUUCGCUUGCAAUAAUACUGGUUGGUAAAAAAAUUAAAAAAAAAGUUGGGAGCAAGAACUAUGUUUUAUGAUUUUAAUUGACUUUUCUGUGCUGAAUUUAAAACUGUUACAGAUUUAUUCAAUCACGUUUAGUUUUUGAGCAUUACUCAUCAUUAUUUUCGAAAUAAAGUCUCAAAAAAUAAUUUUUAAUAAAAUUCUUCUUUAUGUCUAAUCCAAAAUAUACAUACAAUUGAAUCAUUUAUUUUCAAAAUUCGUUUUUUUGACUAAAUUUUUACUCCAGGGAUAACCACGUCUGUCUUCAAAAUAUGAAGUAUCUACUCCAUCUAUAUCCGAUUUUACAGCUACGCGAAAUAUUUUUUUAGUAUCAAAAACAGAAUAAGUCCCGGACUUAUCAUCUUUUGAAAAUAAACAACAGCUUCUUUUUGUGGAAAUGCUAUAUUCGACUAAUGAUUGAAAAUCUUAAGUUUAGAGCUACUUUAAAGUUAAAUAAGUAGUCCGGACAUUGUAUUUUAAUCUCUAAUACAAUUGUUUGAUAGACUGGGGCUAAAAGCAAAAUUGUAUAUCCAUUUUAAAACUAAUUUCACAUCCGUUUAUUUUCAAAGUAUGAUAAGUCCAAAAGCGUUUUUAUUUUUUAUCUUUUGAACUAUCGCUCUAAAAAUUAAAAACGAAACGGUAUUUUGUAGCUAGGCAAGAGUCCUACAGAAUAUAUUUUUUAUAAAUUUUGCUACGCAUAUCAAAAGAAAAUAGAACGUUUUUUCUUCUCCUGAUCAUGGACUUAUCAUGUUUUGCAAAUAAAUGAUUCAAUUGUCCUAGCUAUGUCCUUCUUUUUUAAAGUAACUCAAAACAGAAGUCACAAAUUGGUAAUUCCCUCAAAAAACCACUUUUUAUGUUAACCACUAAGAAUCUAAGAUAUGAAUUUCUAUUUUCCAAUAUUUUUUAGAGAAAAAUUUCUUUUGAUUAGAAAUACAUUUAUUUUACAUGAUAACUUACACUGGUCAACAAGGUUUUUGUUACAGACACCAAUACUAUAUACUUACAGUGCUGCUAAAAACAUUCCGGAUUUUGUUUGAUAUCGUCAAAAAGUAAAAAAAGCGAAAAAUUAGUUGAAGUAGAUCAAUUGGGUUAAUGCCAUCACAAAAUAUCCCUAAAAAUUGAUAGGCGAAUAAAGAGUUUUUUUACGGCUUCUAAAACGAUUUGUGAGGAGCUUAAUCUGCUUUCAACAUCAAGUACAGUUAGAAAGGAUUUGAGAGAUUUGGUCUUUUUGUCUUUCGGCUCGGAAAAAGACCAUUUCUUUAUACUAAGUAUUGUCUAAAAAGGUAGGCAAUGAAAAGAUCUUAAGGAACACUUAAAAUUUGAAAAUAAAAAUACUUCAACAUGGUUGUAUUUCCAAAAAAACAUCUGAGUUGUUCGAUAACAAAACGCAAAAAUAUGCUUUUCAGUGAUAAAAGCAAUUUUAGCUUGUUUUAUUCCGAUUGUGAAAUGGUUCAAACAUGGACAUGUUUGAAACCAAAAAAAUAUGCUCCCUAUCGUAAAGCACAGCAGAGGAUCAGUGAUGGUUUGGGUUUUAGCUGCAGGCUCUAGCCCGUUUCACAAAAUCAACGGAAUUAUAUAUCAUUUCCAAAAUAGAGAGAUGUUGGAGUCGAUAAUGGCUCCAUUAAAGGAGAAAUAUAUGCCUUUACUUCGCCUCUUUCUGCAAGUUAUGAUGCCAAAAAUUCUUAAAAGCCCAUUAAACAGAAGUUUGGGGCAGACAAUACUCCUUGCUUAGAAUAGCCGUAAAAAUUAGCCGACUUGAACCCGAUUAAAAAUUUGUGGGCCAUCUUUAAGUGACGGGUAGAAAAGAAAAAUCCCAUUUCAGCAACUAGCGUACUUGUAGCUUUGAAAAAUUACUGGGAGCAUAUUUCUAGUUCUAUUUUAUUUUAUUUGGCCUAGUCCAAGUCUCGUUGGUGCCAAGCAGUCUUCAAAAAAAAAGGUUACUGAGCAAAAUAUUAACUUUGAAAAUUAACUUUAAAAAAUCCGGUUAGUUUUUCACAGCUGAAAUUCUGACUUUACUUCAUUUUAAAAUUUCUAAAAUUUUUGUAAGUAUUAAAGAUCAUUUUUACCAGUACCAGUUUUGUAUUAUAACAUUUCAAUUGAUGAAAAUCACAAAAAAAAUCCGGAAUGUUUUUAGCAGCACUGUAUAUACUUUUCUGGUUUUUUUGGUGCUGAGCUCGAAUCCGAAGUCAGAACAAUUCUAUCACAUCACGUUUUUGAGAUAAUCCCGGUAGAAAAUCGAAAAUGCCGCUUUUUACCAGUUUUCGAGAUUAUGUCUUAGCUUUUAGAUAUUUGUCUUAAAUAAAUUUGUAACGGUUUCUAAAAGAACCAAAUCUUGUCUUUCUAAAUCCGUUUAGAUCUCUUAAAUAUCUCUUUUCUUCUUCGAGAAAUCUUAAGUUGAAAUCAACGUGUUUGGUAUACCUCAUGUAUUUACUUUUAAUAGCAAAUCUCGAAAAGUUCUUUGCCAAUCGCAUUCAAAUUUUGACACAAUGUUCCAUUUAUAAUCUCGCAAGUUUUUAUAUUUGCGAAGGUGGUGAAUCGCGGUGAGAUACAUCAAAGCGUGACCGUGUCAGUUAGUUAUACUUAAUAAUUACUAGUUGUUAAAAUUACUUAUUGUUAAAAACAAUAUAAGAACUUACAGGGAUGUAAAUGAAAUGUUGUGUUAAAAUUUGAAAGCGAUUGGCAAAGAACUUUUCGAGAUUUGUUAUUAAAAGCAAAUAAACAUGAGAUAUACCAAUAACGUUGAUUUCAACUUAAGAUAAACGAUUGGAAUAAAACUGCAUUUUUAUUUUUUCCACAAAAAGUCUAGUAAAACAAAAUUUUUUUUAUAUAAAAAUGUCGGCUCUUCCCCAACAUCAACAAAAUUUCUUUAAAAUUUAUAUAGAGGCAGCUCUUAAAAUCUACAAGUAAACUAACAUAAAAGUGCUUUGAACUGCAAGAGCAAGUUUGUGCGACCCAGUCGUGCAUUUUAUCAUCGUACCUGUUUUUUUUAAUCACGAAGCCAUAUAAGAUUAAAAAGAGUUUUAGACCUAUUUUUUAUAAUGAAACUGUAGAGAGGCCAACGAAAGCCGAGUUAUACACCGAUUGUACUUGUAUUAAUUUUUCAUAACUCGACCAUUUUCGGGAUUAAGGAGUUCAUUUUUUGCUUGCCGAUUAAGGUACCUACAAAAUCGAUCUCGAGAUAUGAUAUAAUAAAAUUAGAUAUUAGCGGAUGAGGAAUAUAUAUAUUAUUAUUACACGUCUCCGUUAAAAAAAAAAAUAAAUUUUUCGAAGUAAAAUUUUUAAAAUGACUUUUUUGAAAAUAUUUUCUUGAUUUUAAAAUCUUUAAAAAAAAAAUUAAACUUUCUACAAAAAUGUUCAUUAAACUCGGUCGUUUACGAGAAAGUAAGACAUCAAGAAAAUGAUUUUAUAGCAAGUAACAAAAAUAAAUCACGGCACAUCAGUCAUAUUCAUACUUGCAAGCAAUGUUCCAACUUGUAACUCAGAUUUUGUACGCAAUAGAAUUUAACUGAUUUUUAAGUGUUUGAAUUUUUUGUAAAUGUUCCCGAAAUAACUUUUUGGUCUAUCGCAUUCUGUUUAAAAACUAAAAUUUGUAUUACUUUGAUAACUAGUUUUAAUAUUAGCUGUGUUUUAUUUUCUUAGUGAUCCAGAUCAGAUCAUGAAUUUUUUUGCGAAACAAUAACAAAACAAAAUCCUACUUUUGUUGUAAAGCUAAUAAAAACAAUGAUCUGAUCUGGAUCACGAGGAAAAUAAAACACAGCUAUUGACUGUUCAAAAAUAAAAUUAAAAUCAAAAGUAAACGCUAUUUUAAUUUAAAUGAUUUAUGUCACAGUUAUUCAGAACAUAAAGUUUAUAAACUAAUGAUGAGUGUAUCUAUCAAAUAAUACCUUAAAAAAUUAUUUUCAUUUCAUUCCGAUAUAAUUUAAGAAUAAUUUUUACUAGGUAUAUAGAAUUAUUUGGUGCAGAAAUGAAAAUAAUUGAAAUGAUUAACAUAAUGUAUGUUUAUAUAUUUGAUGUUUAUUUUUUAGUGUAAAUUAAAAGGCAUGUAUUAAUUAUAAUUAAUUAUUUAAAUUUAAAUUUAGUAUUAACUUUAAAUAUAAAAGCUUUUUUGUUAUUGUAAAAAUAGAACAAGACAUUUGAUAAAUAAAUGUAAGAUAAAAAUAGAUUUGAAAAUAAAAUAAUGUGCCAAUCUCGUUCAUAAGUAAAUAAAUCGAUUAAAAGUUAACUAAUUAUGAAAAUGACGUCAAGAAUCGGUAUGUGAUACGGUCCAAGCUAAACCAAACAGAAAAUAAAUCAGGGCUUUGAAUGAAUUAAAUGCAUUAAUUAUUUUAAUUUUCGUUUAUAAAAUUUUACUCAAAAAUAAUAAAUCUAAGAUAAGAUGAAAUAAAAAAUAAAAUUGACUGCUUUAUUCUUUCUGAAUGCACAAUUAAAGUUCUGAAAGAAAAAAAUUGGCAUUUUAAAAUUGCUUUAAGAAUAAAAACCGAAUUUUUUAAACAAAUAUUUUGUAAAAAUAAAAUUAUUAUAAAUUUAAGUAAUUUUAUUAAGUUAUGGAAGUAUUUUGAAUGUGGUAUGUGUGUUUGUGUAUGUGUAUUGGAGUAUAAGUCAUUGUGUAAUUUGUAAGUUAAGAAAACUAAUGGUAUACAGGUAAAAUAGAAGAAAUAAAAAUAAGAGAAAAUCACAUAUUUUUACACAUUUCUAAUAAAUAUUUUUUUUUUCUUUGAAUAGGUAUUUAAAUUGUAAUUGUACCUUAAAUUAAAUUCUUGUACCUAAGUAAAGUAUAAAAAAGAACAAUCUUUUAAAUGGAACAUGAGGGUAAGAAAACUAAAUACAUUGUAAAAUAUAUG